GACACACCUCUAUAAAUCUCCUUUCUGUAGUCUCUUAAUUUUUCACGUUUAUCUAUAUUCACUAUUCAGUAUACGAGUAACUAAAUUUAAGAGAAAAGAAAAGAAAGAAAAAAAAAUGGCCAAGGCAACUUCUUCACUUGUCGUCCCCAUCAUCUUUCUUGUGAUAUUUGCUUUAGUUGAGCAGAAUACGGGAUGUUUCGAUUAUGAUGUUUACCAACCGUGCGAUCAUUGUCGAGAAAGAUGCCUCAAAUAUUAUCCAGUUACAAGAAAAGCCAUUUGUCGGAAAAAUCAUUGUGUUUGCAUUGGCCCUUGUCCGAAUGAUAAAGCGAUUCCAAAUGUUAAACUCUUCAAAAAUGUAAAAGAACAAAUCCUAAGUUGAAUGUCAAAAUCAUAAUAUAUCUAAAAAACUAUUUUCAAUUGAAGCUUUGAUUAUAAUAAAAUUUAUAGAACACAAAUUUUCCAGAAAUAUGUUUGUUAUUGAUGUGGCG